AGAAUUGGAAUAUGGAACAUUCCAAAACCUUCCCUAAAAUGUCUCUCAUACAUCACCGGUUCCCAAUCUCUCUCCACCGGCCCCGCCGCCUGUUUUUCCCGCCUCCUUCCGCCGCCGCCGCCGCCGCAAAGCUCGUACCUUCUGCCAGCAUGUCCACGUCAUCACUAGAAAAAGCUACAGAAGAGAAAGAACAAGAGCUCUUAACCCAGGUAUUGAAAUAUCAUACCCAAACAAAGCACUCGUUCACCAAUUACGCGCGUGGCCCGCACGGCCUCGACUGGGCGAACCAGCCCAACCCCUUCCGCCGCUACAUCUCCGCCCCUCUCCUCCCCCUCCUCCACCCUUCCUCCGACGAAGCCCAAAUUUCCCCUCCGUACUCCUCCAUCUUCAAUUCGUUCCCUCCCCCGAAACCACUCACCAGAACCACCGUCUCUCAGCUCUUCUACAAUUCACUCGCCUUAUCCGCGUGGAAAACAAUCGGGUUUUCCACGUGGUCGCUGCGCGUGAAUCCCAGCAGCGGCAAUCUACACCCGACGGAGGCCUACAUAAUCUCGCCCGCCGUGGAUUCCCUCUCCGACCACUCCUUCGUCGCGCAUUACGCGCCGAAGGAGCACGCGCUGGAGUUUAGGGCUCGAAUUCCGUCUGAUUUUUUCGGCGGAUGCUUCCCCGAAGGUUCCUUCCUGAUCGGAUUCUCGUCCAUUUUCUGGCGGGAAGCGUGGAAGUACGGCGAGAGGGCGUUCAGGUACUGCAAUCACGACGUGGGCCACGCGAUAGCGGCGGUCUCCAUGGCUGCGGCUGGGCUCGGGUGGGAUGUUAGGGUUUUAGAUGGGUUAGGUUACGAAGAAAUUGAGAAAUUAAUGGGACUAAAGAAUUCUCGAGAGUUCAGCAUUCCUAGCAGACCCGUAAGGGGGAAAAUGCCCGAGAUCGAAUUCGAGCAUCCCGAUUGUUUGCUGCUGGUUUUCCCCAAAAACGGAGGCGAAUUCGAAAUUGAUUACGAGAAGCUGAAAAUGGCCUCGUCCGAUUUUUCGGAUCUCGAGUGGAAGGGGAAACGAAAUAUUCUCAGUAAAGAGCAUUUAUGUUGGGAUAUUAUCUAUAGAACGGCCGAUGCCGUAAAGAAGAAGUCAUUGAAGAUGACUAAAGAAUUAGUUCCUCAGCCAUUUAUGAGUAGUUCAAUGAUCAGCGAGAGUUCUUACAGAGGGUUUAGUCUAAACGAGGUUGUGAGGAAACGGAGGAGUGCAGUUGAUAUGGAUGGUGUUACUGUAAUGGAGAGAGAAACAUUUUAUCAGAUUUUAUUACAUUGCAUGCCAUCGGGUUUUGGAGAGAGUGGGCAGAAGCAGGGGAGGCAGUUGGCAUUGCCCUUUCGAGCUUUGCCUUGGGAUUCUGAAGUUGAUGCUGUUCUUUUUGUUCAUAGGGUUGUGGGUUUGUCGAAUGGGUUGUACUUUUUGGUGAGGAAUGAGGACCAUUUUCACGAGCUUAAGAGAGAUACAAGAUCGGAGUUUAAGUGGGUGAAGCCAGAUGGAUGCCCCGAUGAUCUUCCUUUGUAUGAACUCGAACGAGGAGAUGUUCGAGAGAUUUCGAAACGGGUUUCGUGCCAUCAGGACAUUGCUAGUGAUGGAUGCUUCAGCCUUGGUAUGGUGGCUCAUUUAGAGCCAACUUUGAAGGAAACGGGAGCUUGGAUGUAUCCGAGACUUUUUUGGGAAAGUGGUGUGCUUGGUCAAGUUCUCUAUCUCGAAGCACUUGCAGUUGGUGUUUCUGCUACUGGAAUAGGUUGCUUUUUCGAUGAUCCUGUGCAUGAAAUUCUUGGAUUGAAAGGAAUGAAGUAUCAGAGUAUAUAUCAUUUUACGGUUGGAGGCCCUGUCGUCGACAAACGGAUUAUGAGCUUACCGGCAUAUCCGGGCCCCACUGAUGAUGCUUCUUCGUCUGAUGAAGAAUGACAAUAAUACCCUCCAUACAAAAUGUUCAUAUUAGGUAUAAUAAUUAAUCUAUAUCUUUUCUUUUACACAUAAAACUAAGACACACAUUCAUGUGGAUGUGUGUAUUAGAUUAGAUAAAUGUUGUAUUUUCAUUUUGAUGCAUGUUUCAAUGUAUGUAGGCAUUCAUUUGACCCUAGUAGUCUAUGUAGACAUAUAGUAAUAGAAGAAUGGAUCCAUAGAGAGAGAUCUAGAAAGAAAACUUCAUUUUUUUAUCGUUUCCGUGUUUCGGAACUGUUUUUUGUCGGAAACUCGAAGAUACCUGUCGGACACCGUA